AUGGGCUGCAAGGGUUGUGGAACUAAUUGCCAGUGCACGGCACAAAAGUGUGGCAGCAAUUGUGCCUGCCAUAAGGAUUGCAACUGUGUGUGCAAGUCUGGACCCAAGGAGAAAUGCUGCAGCAACAAAUAAACAAGAAAUGGCAGCAUUUUCUGUUAUCCAAAAUUGUUCAUGUAGGCUUGAAACAUAAUUUGGCUUUUCAAUUGUGUUUACAUUUUUGGAAAUGUUCAUCACAUGAUUAAAUAAAAAAUGGCUUCAACCUAAA